AUGUUAUUAUUGCUGUUUAUUGGUGCAAUUGGAGCACAAUGGAUCGGUGGAGGGAAUGGGGGAUUGUUGAGCGGUUUGGGUUUUGGUGGAAAUGGAGCUCAAAAUUUUCAAAAUCCAAAUCAACAAUGGCAACAACCACAAAAUGGAGGGGUUCUAGAUGAUUUGCUUGGAUCGCUUGGAAUGAUGCAGAAUAACAAUCAAUUGCUUCAACCACAACAAUCUUCGCAAGGAGAGCAUGGAGGGAUUGCGCAAAAUGGUUUAACGAACGAUUUGAGUCGACUCCUUCAUCAGGGCGAUCCCGGACAUCACCAAUGGGAAGAGCACGCGCGGCGAUUUUGUGGGAAAUAUCCAACACAUCAGAAAUGCGUAGGUGGCAAGUUUCCAGAGUUCAGCGAAAUCGAAGGUAUGCUCGCGAACAUCGGGCGGAGUGUGCAAAAUCUUGUUCCACAGAUUCCCAGGAUCACUUUAAACAAUCCCCUGAACGGUGUGCCGUUUGAUUUGGCCUCAUUGAUCAACAACAGUCUAAUGGGAAUUGGAGAGAUCAAUGUAAAUGCCGUUCAAAGUAUUCAGAAUGUUUGUCAAAGAAUGGACUGCAAUGAGCAAAAGGCCGCUUACACAGAAAGUCGGAGCUAUGUUAGGGAAAAGAUGUUAAAUUUCGAAAAGAUCGUCCACGGAAAAGAUACAUCAAAUGAUUUGGAUUUGAGAUUGGAGAGGACGAGACAAGUCAAGCAAGCGUUGAUCGACAGAGCGAAUCUCCAGGGAGUGGUGACUCCAGCGGAUGAUGGAGUUUUCGAUAAAGACAUUCUCUUGACAACAGAACAAGCGGAUUUCAUGUUGAACGAGUUGGGGAAAAGCGGUGGAAUGAGAAAGAAACGUAGCUCACUCUUCUUCGAAGAAGAAUACGUAAAGAAAUGGGAUUUGAGGAAGCCGAUAAAGUAUACUUUUCAUGAGUCAUUAGAAGAAUGGGACAAGAAUGACGUUCGAAUGGGAAUAGCGGAGAUUACUCGAAAUGUUGAAUGCUUAAAAUUUGAAUUUCUUGAUUCAGCGCCCAGUGGUCCACAUCUGCAUUUCAUGAAAAUCGAGAAUUCAAAUUUCUGUGGCUUGUCAUAUACUGGUCGGUUGGAUACGGGAAAUCCGAUUUAUUUGAGUUUCACAUGUGGAAAUCCACGUGGUAUCGCGAUUCAUGAGAUAAUGCACGCAUUGGGCGUCGCUCAUCAACAUUUACGUACGGAUCGCGAUGAUUGGAUUGAGAUCGAUUGGACGAAUAUAAAUCCCCAGCACUAUGAUAUGUUUGCCGUUUCGAAUGCGAGAAUGUUUACAACAUAUGGAAUUCCGUACGAUUACAAAAGUAUUAUGCACUAUAAUGCUUAUACGGCGGCUGUGGAUACGAGAAAACCGACGAUGAAACCGAGACAAAGCGCAACUCAAAACAUUCGCUUCUUGGGGCAACGAGAUCAGAUGUCGACUCGAGAUAUUGAAUUGUUGAAGAAAAUGUACUGCAAAUUGGAAUAUACAAAGCAAGUGCCACCCUGGGGAUACGCUGAAGCAAUCGGUUUGAUUGGUGCUUUUCUAUCGAAAGAUUAUGAGAAAAAUCCGUCAAGAAAUGUGCUUCAAGAUGUGAAAAAUUAUGCAAAUUCACUGAAUCGAGCAAAGGGUUUAUCGGAGGAGGAUCAGAAGAAAGUCAUGGAGAAUUUACUGGGAAUUGGGGAGAUGAAAAUGGACAAUUUGAGCUCAAAAUUGACAGAUGAUUUAAAGACGAAGAUUGGAGAAGCGGGGAAAUCUUAUCGAGAAUCCCUAGCCAAACAUAUGUUGAUACUCGAAAAGGAGCAAGAGUUGCCAGAAUCGGUGAAAACGUGGAUGAAUGAGAUGAUAAUCAAGCCGUUGAAAGAAACACAGCAACUCUUUGAAGCCUAUCUUUCAAAUCAACAAUCCACUCAGAAUUCGCAGAAAUUUGAGCAAAAAAUCAACGAGGAAAAGGUGAAAAAUCUGGGAACAAAAUUCUCGAGUUUAAUGAAGGAGGGAAUCAAGAAAUUGCAAGCUGAAGUUCUACAGGAAAAGAGAAACAAUUAUCGACAUUUUGAUGCAUUAACCGAUUUGAUGCAAAGAGCUCAAGUCGUUUAUAAUAUGAUCGAACUCAUGCGUAACAGCAUCAUCUUCAGUGGUGAUGGAGGAAAAGUGAACGAAUUGAUUAAACAACAAAACGCUAACAGAAAUGCGACUGAGGUUGAAAGGAGCAAUUGGAAAGUGUCAGCCUCUGAAAAUGAAUUCAAUUACAACGCUGUGAAUCUCACCGAUGAUGGUUUCAAAGAAAAAGAAGCGCUGAAUACGAUCUAUCAAAAGUUCGCCAACAAUAAUUGGAAAGACGGCUCUCCAAUCAACUAUUAUUUUCUUCUGAGCUACGAUGAAAAACCAAUGACGAAAAGUUCGAAAAACUAUACACAUAUAGUGGAAAUCAAUAAUAAGACGGUGGUGCUGCAUAUGAGAAGUCAAUUGAUGGAAAUGGAUCCAAAAAGUGCUCCAUAUUUAUGGUUUAAUUGGUAUCCAAAAAUGGCAAGAACUCUUGAGUUCGAGAUUCUCGAUGAAUUGAAUCGAAUCGAUCCAACGAAUCAAACGAUGGAAGAGUUGCAAAAAGUUGUUCACGAUCGUGCAAUCAAAAAGUGUUUGAAUUGUCAGACAAUUUUGACUUCAAUCGAUGGCCCAUCCGAUUCAUAUUCUGAUGGAAAAGAGCCAUCUCCAGCCGUCGAAGAUGAUAAAGAUGAUGCCACUCACUACGGAUGGAAUCGAGCCGAUGAGGAGUUGAAGAGUAUCGGAAGUAUGCAUUCAGCGCCACUAAUCCCAGCUCUUACACCAACACCCUAUGAACCCCUUCAAGCCACCACUCUGCCAACAAAUAUUCCUAAAGAUCAUAAAGGAAGGCCAUUGAUUUUAUCACCACAACACUGUGCCCAGGUCAAGAAAUACGCUGACAUGUACAAUGUGAGCGAUGUUUUAUCAUGGGUGAAACAGAAUUGUCAUUUUGCGCAAAUGUUUGUCCCUGAGGCGACAUGUGAAGAAGUGAAUAUAUUAGUGGCCAGCUGUUAUACCAAUCAUUAUCUUCAA